AUGUCUGAAGGACCAAUAAUCUCGAAUCCUACUCUGAAGCAAGACUAUUCAGAUAUCGUCAACCACUUUUUGUCAAAACAGCCGUUCGCACUGUUUCCUAUGACGGAUAAGGCCAUCGAAGAUACUGUUCUGAGUCGCUGUUUAAGCCACAAUAUCCCUGAGAAAAAGGCACAAAUGCUAGCAUCUCACGGUACGGCAGCAGCAAAACAAUUCUACCCAUUGCAUCCAGCAGAGAUCCAAAAGCUUAUUGCUCUAUACACCGCCUACUUUGGAGCAAUUGACGAUCUAGGGGAGGACUUCAUAGAAGGACUUCGGAAAUUUGGUCACGACAUGCUUCGGAACGCUGUACAGACAGAAAUCCUGCACGACUAUGCAGACCUUCUUGGAGAAUUUGGUGACUUCUAUUGCGACUUUUGCUCGAACAAGAUAGUGACUGGUACAAUCAGUUUCAUCGAUGCCUGUGUUAUGGAAUUCGAGUCGGCCCAUAAUUUCCAAAAGUUGGGCACGGCACCAGGAUUCCCCGAUUACUUCCGUGUCAUGACAGGGCUUGGAGAGCCUUACACCUAUUUCAUUCUCAUAGAGGAUCUGGUUUCAAAAGAGAACCUGGAACUAUUCAUACAGGCGGUACCAGAUAUCAUAUUCUUCACGGAUUCGGUGAAUGAUCUUCUUUCUUUUUAUAAAUAA